AUGGGGAACAUCAAGAAGCUGCUUAAUCAGAUCAUGGAGUUGAAUUUCACAGCCAAAUUGUUGCAACGCCAGGCCCGAAAAUGCGAGAAAGAAGAGGAGUCGGAGAAGCUCAAGAUCAAGAAGGCCAUGGAAAAAGGCAACAUCGACGGCACUCGAAUAUACACCGAAAAUGCCAUUCGUAAACGAACCGAGCAAAUGAAUUAUCUCCGGAUGUCUUCGCGCCUCGAUGCCGUCGUGGCUCGCCUAGACACCCAAGCCAAGAUGACCACCAUUAACAAGUCCUUUACAUUCUGCAACUUGAAAGAAAAAGGGUUACAAAUUGUACAUAAUAAGAUUAUUAAACCUAAAGCUUACUCAUUUUCAUAG